AUGUCAACAGACACGAACACCCUCUACGGUCUAACACCAACCCUCCCAGCCGAUCAGUCCGCUACAAAACCAGCAACCGACAAACCCCAAGCCCUAACACCAACCCAAUUCCCCGUCCCUUCAACAUCUCUAGCAAGCCGUAUCAACAACUACACCAAAGCCAAGCUCCCACCCCAGACAUACUCACACUCUCUCCGCGUCUACACCUACGGCUGUGCAAUCGCAAACCAAUGCUUCCCACAAUGGAACCUAGACUCGAACGCCAAACUCAACGAAUCCUGGUUCAUCACAGCCAUGCUCCACGACAUCGGCACCACGCCCGAGCACAUCGUUAGCACAAAACUUAGCUACGAGUUCUGGGCUGGAUACCACGCGCUUGAGAUUUUGCAGAAUGAAUCCGCAACGGCACCACACCACGGUGAUGAUGUUGGACAGAGUAGGGGCGUCGCUAGCAGGGAGCAAGCGGAGAGUAUCGCGGAGGCCAUUAUACGCCAUCAGGAUGUGCAAGAUAAAGGGCGGAUCUCGUUGUUGACGCGUUUGAUUCAUAUGGGUACGUUGUUGGACAAUAUUGGUGCUGGGAAGGAGUUGGUGCAUCCGGAUACUAUCAGGGCUGUGAAUGAGGUCUACGAUCGUAGAGGGUGGAGUGGUUGUUUUCGAGAUACUGUUGUUAAGGAGAAGGAGUUGAAGCCUUGGGCUAUGGUUAGUCGAAUUGAAGGGUUCGAGGAGACGAUUGAGAGCAAUGGUAAGGGGUUGAUGAAGGAAUGGGACGAGGGGAAAUAG